AUGGCUCAACGGAGGGGGAAAUUUUCAACCAGAAACCUGACGAAAAGUCAACUAGGUGGUGUAGUAUUUGGCACCACAAAGAACACCAUCAAAGAAUGCAUGUCUAAACACUUGUUUGGUCUACCCCAUAACCACAUUAUGUACGUGCAGAAGAUUGAUAUAGGUUUGCCGUUGUUUCUUUUCAACUAUUCUGAUCGUAAACUUCAUGGAAUAUUUGAGGCUGCUGGUUCUGGUCAGCUGAAUAUUGACCCUUAUGGCUGGACCUCUAAUGGUUCUGAGAGAACCUCAUAUCCUGCACAGGUUCAAACCAGAGUUCGGUUACAGUGUGAACCCCUUUCUGAAGACAAAUUCAAACCUGCAAUUGAAGAUAAUUACUACAGUUCUCACCAUUUUUGGUUUGAGCUUGAUCAUUUUCAGACAAAUAAGUUGAUGUGUCUGCUAACAUCUUUUGCUGUGAAACCUAGAGCACCCGUUAGUACAUCACACAACAGACAGGUUUUUCACUUGAUUCCAUCAAGUGAAAUAAAAGAGAUUAGUGACAAAGUUAAGCCUUCGAAGAGUGAACCAUUGGAUAGCUUGGAAGCAUCUCUCGGUUCUGGCAGGGAAUUUGACUCCUUAGCUGCUGCUUCUCAUCCUGAUAUAUCUGAAAAUCAUCCAGACGUACAGAACUCCAAACAAAAGGAUAAGGGCUAUGUUCUUGAGAAACUGAAGGAUAUCUCCCUUAUUCAUGAGCAUCGAGGCAAUAGUCUAAUGGAAACUGUUGAACAAGCCAACAUUCCCACCUGCAAGAACUUGGAAGACAGAGACACACUUGAAGAGGAAUCAUGUUCAGAAGUGAAAGCAGAUGACAGUUCUCUUGUAUCAUCUCCUCAUCAACCUACAGUAAGCCAGUUAAUGCAUGAGGUGAAGGAACUGAGGGCAUACAGGGUGGAAAAUUCAACAAAGAUAAGUUACUUGGAAGAGAAGCUGGAUGAAGCACACAAGGAAAUUCAUAGAUUGAGAGCACGUUGCAAAAUGCUGGAGAUCCAUUCACCAGAUGAUUCAAGCUUAGAUCCAACAGAGGCAAUUCUUCUUUUGGGAGGAUUUGAUGGUGACUCUGAAUUAUGGUUGUCCUCAGUGCAAUCAUAUUUUCCAUCCAGGAAUGUUGUAAAGGCUCAUAGUUCAAUGAACUAUAUCCGUUCAAAUGCUUCAGUGGCAAAAUUGGAUGGUAAAAUUUACAUCUUUGGAGGUGAUGAUGGUGGUGGCAAUGGCUGGUCCAACACAGUUGAAUCAUAUAACCAGACUGAUGGCCAGUGGAGCUUGUGCCCCCCCUUAAAGGAGCAAAAAGGAGGUUUAGGUGGAGCUUCUUUGAAUGGGAAAAUAUUUGCAAUCGGAGGCGGGAAUAAAGACGCAUGUUUUUCAGAUGUGGAGACGCUUGAUCCAGAUAUAGGAAAAUGGAUCAGAACAAGAUCGAUGGAGCAGGAGAGAUUUGCAGUUGCAUCCGCCGAGCAUAACCGUUCAAUCUAUGCUGUUGGUGGUUUUGAUGGUACCAAGUACCUGAACACAGCUGAAAGGUUUGAUCCUAGAGAGCACUCGUGGAUGAGAAUUGCAUCAAUGAAGACAGGAAGAGGUUGCCAUUCUCUUGUUGUUUUGAACGAGAAACUAUAUGCGAUUGGCGGGUUUGAUGGAUCGACAAUGGUUCCGAGUGUUGAGAUAUUUGAUCCACGAACAGGGACAUGGAUAGAUGGAGAACCAAUGAAAGAAUUAAGAGGAUAUUCAGGAGCCGCAGUGGUUAAAGACUCGAUAUAUGUCAUCGGAGGAUACAAAGAGGAAGCAGAAGACAUCUUAGACACAGUUGAAUGUUACAAGGAAGGUGAAGGGUGGAAAAACGUACCGUCUUCAUCGAUUGGUAGGCGUAGCUUUCUGUCCGCAGUGGCUUUGUAA